AUGAUGAUCAAUCAUAUCCUUGAGAUAGAAGAGUGCGAUUUCUUCGUCGCUUGCCCUAACAAGGUCCGCUCUGAUUUCUUCUUCGGUCGACAUUUCUCUGGAGGAGUGAGAUCAUGGAGGAGGGUCAAUCACCUGGCUCCGCGAGAAACCGUGAAGAAAGUUGAGCAGGCAGCUAAAAGGAUGGCUAAGAGUGUUAACUGUGUUAGAGCUGCUACUGUGUAG